AGAAUUAUAUUAUUUGAGAGGUCAAACAUGGUAUGGUCCACCUGAAAAUAUUGGAUUUCUUUACUUUUAUUAUCCCCUUGAAGGGAUAAAUUAGAGGCGGUUCUUUUUUUUUUUUUUUUUUUAAUGAAUAGAAUUCUAAUGUAAAAUUGGGGUUUGAGCUGAACUAAGAAUCACUGUUCCAACUACAAACAUUUUUUCAUGUGGUCACAGCUGUCAGUUCAUAUCAAUGUUUGGUUAUUAUGGGAGUGGGUUUUACAUACUGUUAAGUUACAUUAAACUUUGGUUGAGAGAUUUAAUUAAGUUAUUUAUAUGCAAAUUACCUCUAACUGUAGGAUUCUAUUUGAAUAAUGUGUUUAUCUUUUUAUGCCAUGUUAGCAUGAAAUAAUUGCACACAGCUAUAUAUUUUUUUAAUUUUUUUUUUUUUUUUUUUUGCGAUUUAAAACUGUUUAGCCAUGCUGCUAUUAAAAUGCAAUCCUGAUCUUAAUUCUGGCGUUUUGUAUGUGGUUUAUUUCACGGAUAAGGAAGUUUAUGCUUUCUGUCUAGUUAUUUUAUUAUUAUUUUUUGUAUUGCAGGCAAAAAUGUCACAAGUUAAACAAGUUGGUCUUUUGGCUGCUGGAUGUCAGCCGUGGAACAAAGAUGUCUGCGCUGCAAGCGGGGAUCGAUUUGCAUAUUGUGCUACACUUGCUAUUUAUGUUUAUCAGCGUGAUCACAGGUUUAAUGAAUUCAAGCUCCGAGCAAUCAUGUCCGAACACAAAAAGACUAUAACUGCCAUAUCAUGGUGCCCACAUAACCAGGACAUAUUUGCAAGUGCCAGUGCAGACAGUCUCUUGAUAGUUUGGAACGUGGCUGAACAAAAAGUGGUGGCAAAAUUAGAUAACACAAAAGGUAUCCCUGCCAGUCUGAGUUGGUGCUGGAGCUCAGGAGAUGCUGUUGCCUUUGUCUCGCAGCGAGGGCCCUUGUAUAUAUGGACUACCUCAGGACCAGAUAGUGGGGUAGCAGUGCACAAAGAAGCCCACAGCUUUUUGUCAGACAUCAGUCUAUUUAGAUGGCAUCCUAAAAAGAAAGGGAAGAUUGCGUUUGGGCACACAGAUGGAAGUCUUUCUGUUUUUCAGCCUGGUUCGAAGAGUCAAAAGCAUGUUUUGAGACCAGAAUCUUUAGAGGGAACAGAUGAGGAAGAUCCAGUCUCUGCGGUAGAAUGGGACCCUCUGUCCACUGACUACCUCCUUGUUGCUAAUCUCCACAAUGGGAUUCGAUUAGUUGAUUCAGAAUCUUUAUCAUGUAUUACAACAUUUAGUUUCCCAAGUGCUGCAGCAUAUAUACAGUGUUUAGCAUGGGUUCCUAGUGCUCCAGGCAUGUUUAUAACUGGAGAUUCCCAGGUUGGUGUGUUGCGAGUUUGGAAUGUAUCAAGAACAACACCUAUAGAUAACUUCAAGUUAAAGAAGACAGGUUUUCAUGCAUUGCAUGUAUUGAACUCUCCUCCAGAGAAAAAAACUUUUUCCACACAAUCCCCAACUAAAAACCAUCAUACUUCUUCUACAAGUGAAGCAGUACCGCCACCAACUCUGUCUCAAAACCAGGCAUUUUCUCUUCCUCCUGGUCAUGCUGUUUGCUGCUUUGUGGAUGGUGGAGUUGGGCUGUAUGACAUGGGGGCUAAGAAAUGGGAUUUUCUCAGGGACUUGGGGCACGUUGAGACAAUAUUUGACUGCAAAUUCAAACCAGAUGAUCCCAACUUACUAGCUACAGCUUCGUUUGAUGGAACAGUAAAAGUAUGGGAUAUAAACACACUAACAGCAGUAUACACUACACCGGGCAAUGAAGGAGUGAUCUAUUCACUUUCAUGGGCUCCAGGAGAUUUAAACUGCAUAGCUUGUGCCACGUCUAGAAAUGGUGCUUUAAUAUGGGAUCUAAAGAAAGGCAAACUGAUAACAAAAUUUGAGGAGCAUGGAAACAAUGGAAUAUUCUGUAUUGCAUGGAGUCAUAAGGAUGCUAAAAAGAUAGCCACAUGUAGUGCGGAUGGAUACUGCCUAAUUCAUACAGUUGAUGGAAGAAUAUUACAUAAAUAUAAGCAUCCAGCUGCAGUUUUUGGUUGUGACUGGAGUCAGAACAACAAAGAUAUGAUUGCCACUGGCUGUGAGGACACAAAUGUCCGAGUGUAUUAUUUAGCAACCAGUUCUGAUCAGCCAUUGAAGGUGUUUACUGGGCACACUGCCAAGGUAUUCCAUGUCAGAUGGUCCCCUUUGAGGGAGGGCAUCCUCUGCAGUGGAUCUGAUGACGGAACUGUACGAAUAUGGGAUUACACACAGGAUGCCUGCAUUAAUGUUCUAAGUGGACACACAGCUCCUGUAAGAGGGUUGAUGUGGAACACUGAAAUCCCCUAUCUGCUAAUAUCAGGAAGCUGGGACUAUACAAUCCGAGUGUGGGACACAAGAGAUGGGACAUGCCUAGACACUGUGUAUGAUCAUGGUGCUGAUGUUUACGGGUUAACUUGUCAUCCUAAUCGUCCCUUCACUAUGGCUUCAUGCUCUCGAGACUCCACUGUGAGACUCUGGUCAUUAACACCUCUAAUUGCUCCACUUCAGAUUAAAAUUUUAGUUGACCGUAGCUGGGAAGAAAUAAUUGGCAAUACUGAUCGUGCAAUGGCACCUGGUGCUCCCCCUCUCCUCUGUGGCAAAGUUUCAAGAGACAUCAAGCAAGAGCUUGAUAAACUAACAAAUGAUGUUCGAGUGAAGAAGCUGAGAUGGUUUUCAGAAUGCUUUUCUCCACCAGGAGGAAGUGAAAACCUUUGGGAUCUUGUUGCUGUUAUUAAAGGUCAGGAUGAUAGUUUGCUUCCUCAGAACUACUGCAAAGGAAUCAUGCACAUGAAGCACCUUGUUAGCUUUAAAACUUCAGAAGCCCAAGAGUUAACUAUUGUGAAAAUGUCUAAGUUUGGAGGUGGCAUUGGUGUGCCAAGCAAAGAGGAAAGGCUAAAAGAAGCAGCAAAAAUCCACCUGGGAUUAGGCCAGAUCCAAAGACACUGUGAGCUUAUGGUGGAGCUUGGUGAGUGGGACAAAGCUUUAUCAGUUGCGCCUGGUGUGUCAAUGAAGUACUGGAAAAAGCUUAUGCAAAGGAGAGCUGACCAGCUUAUACAAGAAGAAAAUGAUGAUGUAAUUCCUUACUGCAUUGCCACAGGUGAUGUGAAGAAACUGGUGUUUUUUUUCACUUCAAGAGGACAGCUUAAAGAUGCUCUGCUUGUUGCUCAGGCAGCUGGUGAAGGAAACAUACAAGUCCCACAUACUUCCUCCACAAAUAACUCCCCAAGUGCUGAUGGUAACAACAUGGACAAUUAUAAUGGAUUGUUACACAAAGUCAGCAAAGAGCUCGCCGCGUGGUACUUCCAGGAUGGACGAGCAGUGCUGGCAGCAUGCUGCCAUCUAGCAGUGGACAACACUGAGCUAGCAAUGACUAACCUCAUCCGUGGCAAUGAACUAGAGCUAGCUCUGUGUAUGGGGACUGUGCUGGGAGAAGCUGCGUCAGAGGUGACACAUUACGUUCUAGAACUGCUUGCAAGGAAGUACAUGACAGCCCCUACAUGGGACCUUGCAGCACACUUAUUAAAUAUGAUUCCAGAAAAUGAAUUGCUGCUUAUCAAGCUGUGUGCUUUCUACCCUGGAAACUCAGCAGAGAUUAAUGAUCUUCAUGAAAGAUGUAAUCUUUCAAGUUUAGAGGAAUGCUUAAAGUUAGCAGAAACUGCAUACAAUGGUGGAGAAAUCUUCCAGGCCGUAAAGUAUUACUUGCUGAGCCCUGAGCCACAGAAAGCCCUUCCAAUCGGCAUUCAUUUUGCUAAAGAACAAAUAAGUAGCUCUGAUUGGACCUUGGACUCGGUAUACCCUAUUCUUGACCUCCUUAGUUAUAUUCGUACAGAUCAACUGCUGCUUGAGAAGUGCAAUGAAGACUGUAAUGAGUUGCUAAUAUUAUGUGGAUACAUUGGUGCUUUGUUGGCAAUCAGAAGACAGUACUCUAGUAUUGUUCCAGCACUUUAUGAAUAUACAAGCCAGCUGUUAAAUAGAGGAGAGGUGUCUGUCCCUGUAAAGAUUGAGCAGCUCUCGGUGGAGCUGGAUGCUUGGAGAUCAUGCACACAAUCUUUAAGCAAAUCCUUAGAUGAAGUGUCAUACCCUCCUCCAUCUGAAGCCCAAAAGGAAGUAUAUGAGAUAUUGCUAAACAGAAUUAAAGAAGAGCCUCUCAUAGGAAUGACUGGCCCUGAUUAUGUCACUGGCUCUAAUCUUCCAAGCCACUCGGAUGUCUAUAUCUCCUGUCUAACAGGAUCAAGGAUAGAGGGUCCUGUAUUUUUCCUCGAAGAUGGAAAAUCAGCAGUUUCAUUGAAUGAUGCUUUAAUGUGGGCAAAAGUAAAUCCUUUCUCGCCACUAGGGACAGGAAUUCGUCUCAAUCCAUUCUAAAGAAUCCUUUCUGGAAUCUGCAGUUAACAGUGCCGUACAUGGAUUUCCACAGGCUACUGUAAUGUCCUUGACUUAAGGACAAAUGGGUGACCUGUAAUGCAAGUUAAAACAUGUUGCUGAUGUGUUACAAAGUACAAAGAUAUUUUAUUAUUCAUGAUGUCAUGAUAUACAAUAACAAUAAUAAGUUAUUAUAACAUAUUACAAAAUACGCUUAGAAUAUAAUCUGGCAUGAUUUUAGGGACAGAUGCUGAUUGAACAAAAGCAACAGGA